AUGCUAUUUCACACUAUUAUUGGUUUCAACAAGACGGGCUACAAAUGGGGAUUAGAGGACACGGAUGAUAAGACGCUUAUCAAGAAAAUAGAAAAACAUUACUUGUCUUACAAUUAUGGCGAUAAAGCUACGCAAGAUUAUGCGCAAGAAAUCAAGGAACGCAAAUCACAAUCACUCGAUUUCUCAGUCGCAGAUAGCGUAGAUAGUGGUUCUUCGAGGUUUUCGAAACCACCUUCAAAUAUCUUUGAGCUCACACGUACUCUUCCUGAGCGUAGAUCCAAGAUACAUGGCAGGAAACUUGAAGGCUUGAUGGAAGAGCUUAAAAAUCGCGGUAUCGAGUGGGAUCCUAAGGGAAUAGAAGCCAAAAUGGCCGGACAAGCUGCAAUCUUUGCAGGUUUGACAUUAAUUGGCAAACUCGGCUUCAUAUGCGCUAGUAUGAUUCCGUUCGUCGGAGACAAUGGUGAAUUCGAAUUCGACAUUAUGGACGACCUUCCAGAUUGUUUCGAUUCUAUCUUCGACUGGAACAAACUGUUCGGUGGAAACUAAGUCCUCAAAUACCAAAUCCAAUAAUUUAGCUAGUCAAAUUUUAUAUCAAAACAUCAAUAUCUACUCUCGUUUAUUAUCAAUUAUACAACAUUCAUUUUAAUAUCCAUUUGUAUCUACUCAUUUUAUACUCAAAUUACUACCGUACUUCUCUUGGACUAUCUCAUCGACAGUUUGUUUCACAUUUGCGAAAGCAUUUUGCCAUUUCUCAGAAAGAUCGAGAUCAAGAACAGGAAGGAAGUCAUCAUUUUUUCUCUUCCAUAGUUUGAGAAUACGUCGUGUUUUAGACAUUCCAUCAGUAUCUUGCUUCAAUAGUUUGACGACAUAGACCUUAAUUCGCUGAACAUCACUAGCAUGAGGGCCACGAGUUCUGAAAAUGUCAAGCCAACUCUCAACAACGUUGAGGACAUCUUUAAUGUCUGUCUUACGCAUUAACAUUGGUAUUACUGAUGGCCUAGCGAUCAGUUGACUUUUCUUAGUAAUUCUAUUUGAUACUUGUUGAGCUUUGACAGAUGUUUGGGCAGAGAUCGUAUGUGUCAUUUUCAUGGGCUUGUGAUUAUGUGAUUUGCUGAGCUCUUCUGUGAGAUUUCGGCGUAUAUUUGAAGGCAGCUCUCGCCAGACCCCUUGAUCGAUCUGACUAUUAGGCACGACGAGGCUAGGCGAAGAAACCUCUUGCUGUUGUUGCUGUUGUUUGUUCGACAUUGUCAUUUUCUUCGUCCUAUCUGCAAACCUCUCAGUAAGUAUCUCUUUGCGGAUUGUAGAUGGUAGUUCCUUCCAGACGCCGCCGUCAACCUGACUAGGCUUCAUAUCGACAGAGGGAGUGCUGAUGGGCGAUGGCGGAGGAGGUGCCCUCACCGGCGUCUUACUCAUUUGCUUCUCGCUCAGCACCUCCUUUCGAAUGUCGGAUGGUAGUGCUUUCCAGACUGCAGGAUCAGCCUGGGAUGGAAGCAUGUUAAUAGAUGGUGUUGCUGGUAUCGCUUGUGUGUUUGGUAUAUUAAC